CACCACACUUAGGCAAAAUGGACCACUUCCUCCUCUCUAUUGCAAUCACACUUGCUAUAAUCAUCAAAUUUUUAUUCAAAUAUUCCCUUGCCAAGCCUAAAGAAAAACUCCCUUUAGCUCCAGGGACUUUUGGUUGGCCAAUUAUUGGAGAAACCAUAGAAUUCCUUGUAUCACUUCGUUAUGGUUUGGUCCAUGAAUUUGUUCAAAAAAGAACCAAAAAAUACAAAUCCAAUGUCUUCAAAACCUCAUUACUUGGCCAAAAUGUAGCUAUAUUUUCAGGUCAAGAAGCCAAUAAAUUCAUAUUCAACAAUGGCAACAAACUUGUCAUUGGUUGGAGACCUUCUUCUAUUCAAAAACUCUUCCCUUCUACAUCAUUUGUACCCAUAGAACAUGACACAAAAAGGGCACAAAAUGUUAUGAGUUAUUUCUUGAACUCACAAAAUGUAGAUAGUCUCAUUAGUACUAUGGACAUUAUGUCACAUUUACACUUAGAAAAUUAUUGGAAGGGGAAGAAUGAAGUGAUUGUAUAUGAUUUAGUGAAGUUAUUUACUUUCUCUCUUUCUACUAGAGUAUUUAUGGGGAUCGAAAACUCCGAUAAAAUCUUGAAUCUUUAUGAAAAAUUCAAUAUUUUUUCGCGAGGUCUUUUGGUAAUGGACAUAAAGUUUCCUGGUACAACAUUUUAUAAGGCAAUGAGAGCAGGGAAAGAAUUAAGGAAAGAAAUGAAGGCCAUUUUUGAAGAAAGAAGAGUAGAGUUACAAGAAAAUCCAGAUCUUCCAAAAGUUGAUGUGUUAACAAAAGUGAUUACUGAACAAGACGAAAACGGCAAGUACUUGACAGAAGUUGAAAUGGCUGAUAAAUUAUUUGGAUUUAUUGUUGGUGGUUAUGAUACUACUGCUACAACUAUAACUUUGGUCAUGAAGUACCUUAAAGAGAAACCUGAGUUCUUCAAUGGAAUAAUGGAAGAGCAAAAUGAGAUUGCAAGGAAUAUGAUGCCAAGGAUAGUGCUAUGCUGGGAUGACAUUCAGAAAAUGAGGAAAACUUGGAGCUUUGUGAAUGAAGUACUAAGAGACACACCAGUUGUUCAAGGCCUUUUCAGAGAGGCCAUAGAGGACAUCACUUAUAAUGACUUCCUCGUACCAAAAGGAUGGAAGAUAUAUUUGAGUUUUGGAGUCACACAGAAGAAUGGUGAAUACUUUCCAAACCCUACACAGUUUGAUCCUUCUAGAUUUGAAGGAAAUGGACAGUUAGUUCCUUAUACAUCAGCUCCAUUUGGUGUAGGACACAAAAUAUGUCCAGGAAGAGAAUUUGCAAGAAUACUGAUUCUUGUUUUCCUUCAUAAUGUACUGAAAAACUUUCAGUGGGAAGCUAAGGAUCCUUCAGAAAAGAUAUUGUGGCCUUAUUUCCUAGUACCCAUCCCCACAGCUGGAUAUCCUGUUACCCUUUCUACUGUGUGAGAUUUUUUUGGUGGUCUGUCCCUUGCUCGGACCCCACACAUAGCGGCAGUUUAGUGCACCAGCUGCCUCUUUAUAUUUAAAUUAUGCAAAAGGAUGUAUCCUAGUUAAUGCUGACAACCAAACACUAAA